UCCUAGAGAGCUCAGACUGUGAUCUCAUCAUGUUCAUGUACUACAACUUGGCAGUGCUGGUGCUUGUGCUGAUUUUGAAUCAAGUUAAUGCAGGGAGAAUCAUUGGAGGUCAUGAGGCUGCAGCACACAGCAGGCCAUACAUGGCACUUGUGGAGGGCAGCGAUUCAACCAACUGUGGUGGAUUCCUCGUGAGUGAAGACUUUGUAUUGACUGCCGCCCACUGCAAAUCCAGUUCCUAUAAAGUUUGUGUUGGGAUGAAUGAGUACGAUGACAAAAACAAGUUGUGUUUUUCUGUGAAGCAAGAUUUUCCACAUGAGAAAUACAAUAAUGAGACAUACUCAAAUGACAUCAUGCUACUGAAGUUGUCUACCAGAGCUGUUUUCAGCAACAAAGUGAAGCCUAUUUAUUUGGCAGAAGAGUUGCAACUUUCACUGCCAAAAAUAUGCAUUGUCACUGGCUGGGGAAAAACAUGCAAGGACAAUGAUCGGAUGUCUCAUAAACUCAUGGAAGCCAAUGUGACGCUCAUUUACAAUGAUAUCUAUGCCAAGGACAAAGUGUACUACUCUAAGGGAGAAAAGGGACCGGGUGAGGGAGACUCUGGUGGUCCGUUAGUCUGUGAAAAUGGAAAGGCCUAUGGGGUGGUGUCCGCAAGCAGGGAUCUACCCUCUGGCAGCAGGCUGUAUAAGUACACAAAGAUACCUGACAACAGAAAGUGGAUUGAUGAGAUUAUGAAACAUAACUGAUUAGAACCUGUUACUUUUUCAGCAACAUAUGAAUGAAUUCAAAUGGGGCAUUUGUCAAAUAACAUCACAUACAGGACUGCAAACUACAUUGGCAACAACCGCAAUACUAAUCAUUUUUGAAAGAUGAUAAUGUCCCAGGAGCUUAAUUUCAACCUGCUUCAAUCGGGAAACCAGCAUAGAACAGCUUAAACGUUGGUUGAAACUCAGGGGGCUCAAAAUUAUCGUAAAGAAAGCAGUAUUAGUAGAAAGGUAGGAGAAACUGUCCUCUUCUGUCUGAAAAAAAAAACAAAGCCCAAAAAGCUACUGCACGCUCAGAAACAACCCCAAGAAAUUGCAACCGCUGAUUCACGAAACUUACAAGUGACUUUAGAGAAAAACAAGCCCAAAGUCGUUGAUAAUAAGCAGACCAAAUGCAACACUGAAGCUCUCAUGAACAACCCUCAUGGAUUGUAUGAAGUUUUAAAGCCGUUGAGAAAAAGCCAAAUAAACGUUGCCUACCUGCACAGAUGCUGCAGUCACUGGUUUCAGGUCUGGAUGUUCCAACUAUUGGUUCCUUACGACCAAGGAAAUGUAGAGACCACAUUUAGGUGUCUUUGGUCAGAUUCCACAGUAAUGUCCUCUCGGUUACAAGCUCAGAUCCAACACUGAUAAUUCUCCGUAGUCCUCCAGGGUUUUGGAAAAUCAAUGAAAAAUAGCUCCCUUUAUAUGAUCAUGAUCACCAUAUCGCUAGUCGCUCCAGCAGAUACCGACGCAGCUGUGUUUUGUUGUUACCAUAUUAUUGUCUGUUGAGGCGAUAUUCAGGAAUAAUCUGUUCACUAUUUGACUCAAACAAGUAAAUUAUUCAAUGUGCAUCUAAAUUUAGUAAUCUGAUGUCAUUUGAGGAAUGCCCUAUUGAUUACAGUUUUGGGUUACUAGUCAAUUGCAAUAAGGAAAAAAAUGUUGCUUUUCCCUUCUGGCUAUUUUUUCUUAAUAAAAUAUAUCUUUGCUUCUGUUUCUUAACAACAUUCUAUUAAACAGUCUGUUACAUAUACAGUAUAAUCUCCUAUUAAACACUGCAAUCCCCUGUU